AUGGCUUCUCAAUUUUUUCUAAAAACUUCUCAAGAUGUUGAGUUAUUCACAGGUUAUCCUGAAUUUAAUCAAUACAAUAACGAUAAUUUAAUUAAGGAUUCCUCAAUUAUUUCAUCGGUAUUGUCUCCUUGUGGAAGAUUCUUAGCCAUUUCCACUUCAGAUAAAGUCAAAGUAUUCACUGGUGAAAGAUUCGAAACUUUAUUAACUAUAUUCAAUAUUAAUAACGUUUAUGAUUUAAAAUUCUCUCCUUCUGGAAAUUUUUUGGGAACUUGGGAAAGAGCAUCUAUCAAUGAUCCAAAUCAUAAAAAUGUCAAGAUAUGGUAUUUAAACAAAUUAUUCAAUAAUGACAACGAAAACACGGAACCAGAAUCACAACCAGAGUCUCCAUCUUAUGAAUAUCAAUAUAAAUCACAGAAUAGUUGGUUCCUACAAUUUUCAAAAUUAGAUAAUUAUGCUCUGAAAUUAUUCGGUAAAGAAUUAAGAAUUGUUAAAAUUGAUUAUAAUUCAAUCGAAAUCGAUUUCGAAAAGCCUUUUGCCAAAUUAUUACAGGAGUCCGAUCAACAAAUGUUCUCUACUUAUUUGAUUUCUCCUUCAGAACAUCCAACUAUUUGUACUUUUACUCCAGAAAAAUCUGGCAAACCUGCACACUUAACCAUUUGGCCAAUAAUGGAAGGUACCAUUACUAAAAGAAUCGCAACAAAAACUUUCUUUAAGGCGGACUCUUGUCAAUUGAAAUGGAAUCAACUGGGUAACGCUGUAUUAUGUAUAGCCACUACCGAUUUUGAUUCUUCAAAUCAGUCAUAUUACGGUGAAAAUACUUUAUAUUUAUUGUCAUUCCAAGGUGUCAAUGGUUCUUUGGGUGGUAACUCAGUAAGAGUUCCUUUGAAUAAAGAAGGUCCAAUUCAUGACGUCACUUGGUCUCCAACUUCAAGACAAUUCGGUGUCAUUUACGGUUUCAUGCCAGCAACAAUUACCUUUUUCGAUUUAAGAGGUAACAUUGUCCACUCGUUACCAGAACAACCAAAAAAUACAAUGAUAUUUUCUCCAUCAGGAAGAUAUAUCUUGAUUGCUGGGUUCGGUAACUUACAAGGUGCAGUCGAAAUAUUGGAUCGUCAUGAUAAAUUUAAAUGUAUUACUAAAUUUAAUGCAGCAAAUACAUCAGUUUGUAAGUGGUCCCCAGGUGGUGAAUUCAUUAUGACAGCAACUACUUCACCAAGAUUAAGAGUCGAUAAUGGUGUUAAAAUAUGGCAUGUUACAGGUAAAUUGGUUUUCAUUAAGGAAUUCAAGGAAUUAUUGAAAAUCGAUUGGAGAGAAACUUGUAAUUACAAAACUUUAACCAUUGAUGGUAAAGCAACGCAUAUCAUUAAGGACUGGCAACCAAUUUCAGAAACUCUGGCUGCUGAAGAUCCUAAGAUUACUAAUAAAUCUAAUUUAAGCAUACAUUCUUGUGUUAAUGAAUACGAACUAAAAUAUCCUAACAAAAAGGAAGGUGCUAACGGUAACAGCUCUGCAACUAAGCCAGCCGGUGCUUAUAAACCACCACAUGCUAGAAGAGCAGAAGCUAAUGGAACACGUAAAGUACCAGGAAUGACCAUCGUCAAUGCUAAACAAAAAACUAAUACCGUCCCAGGUAUCCCAGGUAUGGCUCCAAAAGAAAGUAAAACAGCUGCUAAGAACAGAAAAAAGAGAAAUAAUAAAACAAAGCAAGAGGAUUCCGAAAUUAAAGAAACUUCUGCUGAGCCAGGUACAGAAAACAAGGAGCCAGUUGCAAAUAAAGAAACUUCUCCAGAGGAAAAGAAAAUUAGAUCUUUAUUGAAGAAAUUAAGAGCAAUUGAAACUUUGAAACAAAGACAAGCUGUUGGCGAUAAAUUAGAAGACACCCAAGUUCUAAAGAUCCAAACAGAAGAUAAAGUCUUGAAUGAUUUAAAACUACUUGGUUGGAGUGAAUGA